GCACUUCGUACCGUGACUCUGUCCUCUCGCUUGUGUGGAGGUUUAGCCAAAUAAUUGAUGUACUUAACGUGCGAGACGAUAGGGUCACGCGCGACAACAAUAAUAAUAAUAAUAAAAGAGACGUAUGUAAAAACAGUUGAACACGACCCUUUGAAGUGUACUCAAUUUCAACUGACCUUUGAAGUUUGAAGGACUUUAUUACUGAGCAGAGGUCGUCCUCCUAGUGGAAGCGGAGGGCGACCAUUUACGUCUCGCUCGUUUGAAAAAAGAUGAGGCGGCUCGCGCUGAAUGCGUCCUCUGUAUUGGGACUAGUACUUCUUCUUCCUUUAUGAAAAGAAAAUCUGUUAUCAUUAUCAAGUUUCUUAAGUAGAAAAGUAUGAUAAUGAUAACAUAUUUUGGUUUCAUAUCCUUCUUGGGUCUAUUCUCGUUUAGAGGAGGAAAGGCAAGAGAGACCGCUUCGAGUGGCGCAGGAUGCCGGCGAUGAAUAUGGUACUAUUUCACUAUUGAUGUCAACAUGUCGUGACGACGAUAAUUAUGGUACUAUAGUAUCAUCGUGACGACGAUAAUUAUGGUACUAUAGUGUCAUCGUGACGACGAUAAUCAUGGUACUGCUGUCAACAUCUUUAUGUUCACCUAAAUACAUGAAACUCUCCUUCUUGAUCUUUGUCUGAGUACGUCUGCAGUCAACAUCUUGAUCUUUGUCUGAGUACGUGAAGAAACAACUCUUCUUAUUGCAGUUUGAUUCAAAUUAUUGCAGCUCGUGUUGGCCCCACAGAGAGGAGAGCCUCUUCGCUCGCCGAAGUACGAUCACAGCGAGUGAACGACGACUCUUCGUCUUCAGGAGAUGCAAGCAGGAUAGAAACCCAGACCUCCUCAACCCAAGAUGAUGCAUUCGAUUCUUCCUUCGACGCUGACGGUGACACGACUACAAUAGACGAGGACGAAGAUUUUGGUUCGGAGGACUACGCUGGAGAGGGUGCUGAGGAACGUUUCCAGGAGAAUGCCAGCGAUAGACGGAAGCAUGGUUAUGGCGUGUUUGUUAUAAAGUAGUUCGCGAAUAAUUUGUAAUCAAGAUGAACAUGGAGGACGGAUACGCUGAAGUAGAGUAUUGCGAUGCUGAGACCAUAUUCAGUAUUUAUAGACUAUCCGAGGCGUGCUCCACCGGUAUUAUAACAUGAUUAAUGGGAGGACAAGACCAUCCUCGAAAAAUCCUUAGUUAACCUUUAUUUCUGAUAGUACCACUAACGCAAGACUCGGGCGAGCAGCGCAAGAAGUACCUCGCAGUCUGAAGGUGCUACUAUGAGGAGGGAAGAGGACGAUGGCAUUGAAGGAGAUGGUGACAGGAGGACAUCUGGGGAUGUCCAGCAACCGCACAGGCGGAGACACGGGAUGAGAAAUCCAAUAUUUGCUUAUGAUAUGGUCUGAAGAAUUUGAUUGGAUAUUAAUUGGUACAAUAUUGAAUAUUCGGUUAUGAUAGGUGGAGAUGUCCUAAACAAUCGAAUACUUAAUUGGUACCUCUUCUUUGACGAACUUGGCUUCUAGGUUUCUAGUCUGGCUUUCUACUGCGCAAGAAGUACUUAGACUUACAAGCUUUAUUCCAAAAAAGGAUAAGCACACUCCAUAGUAAGUUUCUAAUGAGCGGGCAACGAUGAAAAGUCGACAUUCGGGAUACUGUCGGGACCGAUGCAAGAAGCAAAGAAUGCUGCCCACUCAGCCUACAGAAAAAUCCGCCGCUUUGCACGGCGUAUGCUCCAGUCUGCGGGAGCUGCAGAUGAGACUAUUGGGCCAAAGACGCUCUUGAUGCGAACAGGAGGAGCUCGAUCAGGAGGUGGACACGCGACUUUUAUGCCAUAAGGUGUUAUAUUGAUUGUUCUUUCGAGAGGACGGUGGGCAGAGAUCUACGUACGUGUAGUUUUUACCUACUAAGUAUUGUAUUUGUCAGUAAAGAAUUGCAGAAUAGAGAGAAGUAGUGAUGAGCCUUACCUUUACGAGCCCUGUUCCCACAUCUCCUUCAUAUUUGCCGGCAAAAGUGAUAGUAAGACGAGCUCCGAUGGGGACGGCUCAUUUGCGGUGGGUUUUCGGAGCGCUUUAGGCAUGAUCUUUGCCACGGAGAUUGGAGAUAGGACGUUUUUUAUCGCGGCUAUCAUGGCCAUGAGUAAUUCAAGGUUACUGGUUUUUGGCGGUGCUAUCGGAGCUCUGGCGGUUAUGACGGUACUAUAUGACGUGAGGAGUAUAAUCUUGUUGAUAGUGGAGCAGGUCAACAAUGCCUAUUGGUGGAAUUAUCGGUCCCAUAAUCCUGUUCUAGUAUCCUAUCCUACCCUAUCAUGUUGUUCUUGUAGUUUCUAACUCCGAAUGUACCAGCAGGCUGGUAGAUUGACACAGGCUUCUUUUCUCUCCUGGUUGACAAAUCCAUCCCAUCCUGUCAAAAAGCUUCAACUCCUGGUUCCUUCCAAUGAUCCUUGACAGGUACUAUCGUCAAUUCUGGGACACGCCUUGCCGCAGCUACUGCCAAAAGUCUUGACUCAUUGGGCGAGCAUCGCAUUACUCAUCUAUUUCGGCACGAAGAUGUUGUGGGAGGCGCGACAGAUGUAUCUCACGGGAGAAGGUACUAACUUACUCGAGAACUAAAAAUAACCGAGUCACUGACUGAAAUAAGGGAGGUAGCUUUGACAGGGCUACUCUUCCUUGUUCAGGCUUAACUGUGCUUAUUUCAAGUAGUUACUCGGUUAUUUCAGUUUUUCGAAUACCAAGAAACAACACUUACAACGUACAACACUUACAACGCGCAACACUUACAACGUACAACACUUACAACGUACAACACUGACAACGUACAACACUGACAACGUACAACACUUACAACGUACAACACUUACAACGUACAACACUUACAGCGUACAACACUUACAACGUACAACACUUACAGCGUACAACACUUACAGCGUACAACACUUACAACGUGCAACACUUACAGCGUACAGACACCAUAAUUGUCUGGUCAUAUGGUAGUGGUGUGCUGGAGAAAGAUAAGGACUUUUUUACAUGUUCCCGUUGACUUCAUAACCUAUCCUAUUAAGGGGGGCUGACCAUUUACCAACGGGCACCACAGUAUCAGUAAUCUCACCAUUUGCCGACAGGCAUGACAGUAUCAGAGGAACAGGAAGAGGUAGAACCGGAACUAGUUGAUAUUCUUGAAGAGACCACAUAGAGAUCAACAGCUGUAGUUGCUGGAACCACAUAUGUGAAUAGCUGGGGUGUCAAUGUUGUAUUGUAUUGUGGGCUCGAUGUGCAGGGUCCACAAUCUAACCUAACCUGUAUUGCGCGUUGAUUACAACAGGCGCCACAGUAUCAGAGGAGCUGGAGGAGGUAGAAUCGGAACUAGUGGAGAAGGGUUUGGCAGCAGAGCUGGCGGACACGAAAGGCAAGCGAUCGAACGAGUUGAAGGGCUUGAACGACGAUCCAGAGUUCGGUCUCGGAAUGGCACCAGUACGAUACUUCCUACUUUUUUAUAACUAUGAUUCAUUAGAAGUUCGAGGCUCAGAAAGAUUUUGUUCGUUUGAGAAGAUAUUGCGUCCUUUGGUCUUCCACGGUCCACCUCGUCACUAUAAAUUGAGAGAAUAUACGGAUCUUGGUCUUCUUCGGUCUCAAUCAUUGUUAUAGUAGAUACUGAUGAUUAAGAGAAGAAACAAACGCCUCGUUGUCUUCAAUCAUGCAAUGUACUACAAAAUAGGACAGCGACGCCUGCGCGUCGGAAGUUUCGACGGCUGGAACCAUGAGAGCGGAAGCAAUCUCCCCACGCGAAAUCUCUAUGGACGCUCCACAUGGGGGAACUUCCUUUUCUUCUCCUGAAGAUAGAGUUACGCUUACGGAAAGGUGAUGAGCGGAACUGAAGUAGAAAUACAUAUUCAUCCUAUUCGCUGAUGCUGUUCUUAAUAACGGCAACUAGAAAGAGAUAAGUUUUUUUUAUUGCGUGUGAACGUUCGUUGAAAACGUCUUCAUAUUCAAACGUUACUAUACUUACCAGCAUAAGGACAUGAUCCGUGGCUGCUUUUGGUUAUACUUGAUAGUAUAUGAGCACUCGGCUUCUUGCUGUUUCAUACGAAAGGUACAGGGUGGCUGGACGGCCUUUAUAACGUUAGAAGAGACGUAGAACGAGGUAUCAUGACAUGACAUCUUCUAAGUUUUAAAAAGCGAUGGCAGAGGAUGCGUCUACCGUUGCGAGUUCAUCUGGACGCGAGAUGUAUCGCGAACAAUCGGCAAACAUUCUGUCGGCAGACGGAUCUACAGCGACAGUUAAGGCUCCCUAAUGUGUGAUCUUCCGAGACAUCCUGGACAGGCUUCUGAAGGGGAAAAUGUAUUAGGAUGUAUCAAGAAGCAGAAGGCUGAGCUCCUAGGGGAAAUGUAUUAGUGUGCCGCUACGUACUGCCUCAAGUAUUAGUAUCGCAAGACGAGCUAGGGCGAACUCUAAGACAGGAAGGCCCUCUCCGUUGCAAGUACAGCAGCAGCACUUGAGUGUGCUCACGCAAGCCUUCACGCUCACCUUUCUCGCAGAAUGGGGAGACCGGAGCCAAAUCGCAACGAUAGCAUUUAUGAUUUAAACCUUGAACUUCUAAGGUCUACAUGCUUAUAUCAGGAUCAUAGGAUGAUAAUUUCUUGUUCAUGAACCUCUAACUAUGUACUCAUUCUGACUUCUCUUCAUUAUGAAAGUAGCAGCUCUUCUUUGUCCUUAGGGAGAACAAAAAUAUGAGAGCAUCGUUCUAAAGAGUAGAAAAUGUUGCAAAGUGCUUCAUUAACCUUUUUCUAUUUGUCAGGCUUCUACUUUUUCUGUUCGUCAGUCUACUCUACAGCUCUCGUCUUCGUUCAUACUUGUGGCCGCCGCUCAAAAUCCGUAUGGGGUCACAGUUGGCGCGAUAAUAGGCCAUGCGAUGUGCACGGGGUUGGCAGUGAUAGGAGGCAAGAUUCUUGCGACAUCGAUUACAGAGAGGCAAGUCGCUCUGUCUGGUGGCGUUCUGUUCUACGUCUUUGCGCUUUAUUCCAUAUGGAUGGGAGUGCAGGACUAAGAAUUCUGCAUAGUCGUAAUUAAGUACUUAGUAGCUGAUUGUAAUUAACUAGUAGUAGAACAAGAAAGGACGAAUGAACUUUGGGAGAUUUUGUCCUUACUAAGUAUAAUUGAGGUUUUUGUUACUUAUGCACACGAUAGGCAAUUUCUUUGUUGUUUUGAUGUGAACCGUCUAUGAACGAUUGGAUCCAGAAGUGCCUUAGGCUGGGGGUACAUGCGCAAGUAGUGUGUAUAGCCGGUAUAGUUAUCAGGAAUUGGCCUGGAUGAUUGUGGACGCAGUGGGCACCUACAUGAGUUUUGCUCUAGUAGAAGUAGCUCCCUGCACUUUCGCUUACCUCAAGGUUUGUCCAGAGCUGCCAGUGUCACAGAAACACUGUCAGACCACGUCUCUACGGUCACUAUGAAAGGUGAUAACAGGGACAUUAGCAUGCAUUACUUAUGCACACGAUAGGCAAUUUCUUUGUCGAAUACUUGUAAAAACUCGUACGAGGUAUGAAUAUUACAGAUAGACGUCCAUUUCUUACUUUCAGUCAAUCAAUCCAAAACUUUCAAUUUCAAUUGCAAUGCGUGAAUGAGCUGAGUGUGCUGCUCUUAGGAAUAGGGUCUCGCUGCAAGAAGCUUGCCUGAUUGAUAUCAGAUCAAGAUUUUUGGCGCGACUGCGCAUGAGCUGCUAAAAACCGCACUGGAUCACAGAGUGCGGACGAAUUAUGAAUCGCAUAGGACCAGGAGCUUCCUCCAUAGAUGUUCGCUAUAGGAGGUGGAUUUGAACUACUACUACAGGCAGGAAGGCUCCGAUAGUUUUUCAACAAUUGUGCAUUUAAGUUUUUCUACAAUUACUGGCUUCAAAGUUUGUUUGGAUACCUGUAUAAAAAGGAUUCACGACCAGAGUUGAUAUUUUUUCGUGUAGAUACAAUUAGCGCUAACGCCGAAAUAGAUAUUGUCUAUCAAGAGCUGCACCAUGAACAUUAUGUUGCGGUAUCCCGCCGCCACAAAUCUUGAAAACGGUACCAUGGAUAAAUGUGCAUGCAUUUAUAAAUCGCCAGAAUGUACUAGCGAUAGAU